AUGACUGCUUUUGUGGUGCAGGGUCACACAAUGAAGACCAUUCUCAGUAACCAGACGGUGGACAUCCCCAGCAACGUCGAUGUGACCCUCAAGGGCCGCACAGUUGUUGUGAAGGGGCCCCGAGGAGUUCUUCGCCGGGAGUUCAACCACAUUAACCUGGAGCUCAGUCUGCUGGGCAAGAAACAUAAGAAGCUGCGUGUGGAUAAGUGGUGGGGUAACCGGAAGGAGUUGGCCACGGUCCGCACCAUCUGCAGUCAUGUCCAGAACAUGAUCAAGGGUGUCACACUGGGCUUCAGAUACAAGAUGCGAUCUGUAUAUGCCCAUUUCCCCAUUAACGUGGUGAUGCAGGAGAACGGCUCUCUGGUGGAGAUCAGAAACUUCUUGGGAGAGAAGUACAUCCGCCGUGUCCGCAUGAGGACAGGUGUGUCAUGCGCAGUGUCUGCCGCUCAAAAAGACGAGCUGGUUCUGGAGGGUAAUGACAUUGAGCUGGUGUCAAACUCAGGAUUAUAUAAUUUUACAGCGUCUCAAUCUGAAGCUGCUCCGCGCGUCAUCACUCUGCGCCUGAGUCGAGCAUCGUUGGCGCCAAAGAGAAUCGGAGAGUGUCGCGCUCGGGUGGACUCUGUCUCCCCAUCUAAGAGCAGCGCCAGUACCUCAGACACCAAACCCAAAAAGGACCCGUCCCCUAAAAAAAGUCCUGUGAAGACCAGCUCCAAACUGGCUCAGAUGAAAAGGCAACAGGAAGAAGAGGAAGAGCAAAGGAAGAAAAACAGGGGUGAAAAACAAAUGAAGAUUUCUCCUAAGAAAGAGCCCAUCUCUCCAACUCGCUCAGAGCGAGCAGCUACGCCCAAAACUGCAAGCGUUUCCACAGGAAUGACAAAAUCAAGGAAUUUUUCCACCCCUAAAAGUGACGAUGCACCCAGUAAAAACUCACCAACAAAACCAGAGAAUAAAAGUCCUGAGGACCUAGAGAAAAAACGGCCAAAUUCAUCAGCCUUCCGUAACUAUUUGAACAGAGAAGGACCACGAGCUCUGGGGUCUAAAGAUAUCCCGCAGGGAGCAGAGAACUGCCUGGAGGGUUGUGUGUUUGUGUUGACCGGUGUGUUAGAGUCUAUGGAGAGGGAUGAUGCUAAGUCACUAAUAGAGCGAUAUGGCGGGAAAGUCACAGGAAACGUCAGCCGUAAAACCACUUACCUUGUUCUGGGACGAGACAGCGGGGCCUCAAAGAUUGAGAAGGCGGAGAGUUUUGGUACUAAGAUCAUAAAUGAAGAUGAGUUGUUGAACCUCAUAAGAACCAAACCAGGCAAGAAGUCUAAAUACGAGAUUGCGGCGGAGGCAGAGAAUAAAUCCUCUAAAGCAAGGACUCCAGACUCUAGAGACAAACACACUCCUCCAUCCAAGAAGGCCACACCACAAGCGCCCAGCCCCAACAAGAGAAGCCCUUCAGAGGGGAAGUCUAAGCCUGGCUCUGCUUCUAAAUCUGGAACACUUGGCGCCUCUCAUUCAGAGGUCGAAAAGAGUUUGAGCUUUGAUCGAACCAAGAGAGCAUCCCCUGUAUCCCACUCUAUCCCUGAGAAUGAGGGGAGCAGCCUGUUGUGGGUGGAUAAGUACCGCCCCCGUAGUCUGAAGAACCUGAUUGGGCAGCAGGGGGAUCAGAGUUGUGCUAACAAGCUUCUACGUUGGUUACAGAACUGGCAUAAACAUCACAGCGGCAGUACAAAAGCACCAUCAGCCAAAUUCGGUAAGUUUGGGAGUAAAGAUGACGGUUCUGGAUUUAAGGCUGCAUUGUUGUCUGGGCCUCCUGGUGUUGGGAAGACCACUACUGCUGCUCUCGUCUGUGAGGAGUUGGGUUACAGCUACGUGGAGAUGAAUGCGAGCUGCACCCGCAGUAAGAACAGCUUGAAGGAAGUGAUCGCAGAGUCACUCAACAACACCAGCAUUAAGAACUUCUAUACUGGUGCAUCUCAGACGGUGAGCAGUAAACAUGUCCUCAUAAUGGACGAGGUGGACGGGAUGGCAGGAAAUGAAGACAGAGGAGGAAUACAGGAGAUGAUUGGUCUGAUAAAACAGUCUAAGAUUCCCAUCAUCUGCAUGUGCAAUGACCGCAAUCAUCAGAAGAUCCGCUCGCUGGCCAACUACUGCUACGACCUGAGGUUUCAGAGACCCCGCGUUGAGCAGAUCAAGUUUCUCAGGGGAAAUCUGAAGAAUCAUUUGGUGUUGUUGAGUAAAACAGCGGACAGCAUUUGCGAUGGAGAUUUAGUGGACAAACGGAUCCGCUCCAGACAGGCAUGGUCUCUGCUUCCCACACAGGCGAUUUAUGCGAGCGUGUUGCCGGGGGAACUGAUGCGGGGUUAUAUGAGUCAGUUUCCGACCUUUCCCAGCUGGUUGGGCAAGUUCUCAUCAGCUGGCAAACACAGCCGCAUCAUACAGGAGCUCGCGUCGCACAUGAGCCUAAAGACGUUAAGCAGCAAGGAAGCAAUAAAUCUGGAUUACCUGCCGUAUUUGCGCUCAGCAGUAUUAGAGCCUCUUCAGUCGCAGGGUUCAGAGGGAGCCAAUCAGAGCGUGCAGCUCAUGGAUGAUUAUGACCUUAUCAAAGAGGAUGUUGAUAACAUGAUGGAGAUCAGCACGUGGGGCGGACAGCCGGAUCCUUACUCUAAACUGGACUCCAAGGUGAAAGCUGCGUUUACAAGAGCCUACAAUAAGGAAUCCCAUCUUACGCCGUACUCUUUACAAGUGGUUAAGAAAAGCCGUAAAGGUGCUGUUGACCCUGAGCUUAUAGGAGAGCUUGACGGUGAAUCUCAGUUUCCGGAAGAGGAAGAAGACAAUGGGGUUACCGCAGAUGCAAUGAUAAAGCAGAAGAAAGCCAAACCAGCAAAAGACGUCAAGCAAGAGAAACAAGGGGCUUCUGGGAAGGGGAAAGGCAGGGGUAAAGGAAAGGGGAAGGCAGUGAACUUGAGAUAAACAUGGAAGGGAACGAGACAGAAAUCCCUGCUCCCUCUCUCUCUCUCUGUUUUCACAAAGAUGUGAGCGGCUGAGUGACAUCAGCUCUAUAAACAGAACUUUUUUGUCUGCGAGUCAUACUUGUGCACUUCCUGAAAGCCAUCACUCAGCUUAAGCUGCUUUCAGCAGAGCGGACACCGCAGGGACCAGCAGCUGGGGGUGGACCACACAUUUACACACAAGUUAUUAUAUAGUUCACAAUUCAUCAAGCGGAUCAGACUUAACACAUGCAUCAUACUGUUAACACAUGGUGUUAAAGCUAUGUUCAUCUCAAAGGUAAACAGAAUUAAGGGCACUUAAUGUGAAGAGGCUCACUGUACUCGUGACAAAGUACAUGAGCAUUUUAAUGUAUUGGCUUCAGUUGUUUAUAGUUAAACACAUACACACUGCCACUAAAGACAUGGAUGACAACUGUACUUGCUGCAUGUCAGCAAGCGACCACACGCGAUGUA